AUGAAAGAGCUGGCCCUGGCAACGAUUGGGAUCCCGUGUGGUUCCUUUGUAUGGAUGAACUCGGCAACGGCAGCCCGGUCAAGCGAGAAUCCCUUUGGCAGGGAAGACUUUCGAUAUGUGGCAGCGGCCAACAAGACAGGAGAUGCAAAGCUGAAGCACACCCAAGCAUACCCAAAGAAAUUCUGCAGAAAGAUUCUGAAGCUUCACUUGAAGUAUGUCGUGUGCCAGCCGCUCGGGUGGCAGCAUGCAGAGCUGGACGAAGUGAUGGAAUUCCUGAAGAUGGAGUGUGAAGCUGGCACCGAGUUCGAGGAAGCUGCCACACAGAAAAGGCAGGAGGUUGCUGAAGCUCCACCUGCCAAGCAGGGAUGGUCCGCCGCAUCGUGGCAGCGGGCGCAGUCCUGGGCUAGCAGCGGCUCCCAUGACUCUUAUGAUGACUGGUGGGCAAAGGAUAGUUGGGACUCCUGGUCUUGGUGGGGUGCUGGCUCUUGGUCUCAGGGCCAGUGGGACAGCUGGGGGCACGAUGAUAAGAAUGCAGCUGAGCAGGAGAACCCCAUGCAAAGGGUGCAGGGGCUCUUAAGGCGUGGGCACACAAUAGAUCAACUUUCGGAACAAGACCUACAACUGGUAGUCCAGAGUAUCGAUAAGGCCAAGGCUCGCCAGAAGGUUGAAGAUGCAGCUGGCACCACAGAAGGAUCACCUGAAGCGGAAGGUUCCAAGACGAAAGAAGCGGAAGCUGCCAACAAGGAUGCUAAAGCAGAGGAAGGGGAAAAGCCUGCUCAGGAGGGAGAGCAGAAAGAGUCAAAGGAAGCACGCAAAAAACGAUUGCAUGCCCGCAACAUGCGGUACUAUCGAUCGCUGGAGAGCCCUUUCACACCCAAAGAAAUCAAGAAGAUGGCCGAGGACGCCGACAGCACGGAGAAGUCCGUGCUGUUUGAAAGCUGGCUUCAAUCAGGUGAAAACUGGGCGAAGUCGACUUUGCUUGUGAGACUUCGCAACAGAAACUCCAACACGAAGAGAGGGCUGAGAAAAUGGCUCUUUCGCACGGAUAUGGUCACGAAGUUCGGUGAACAAGUGACGCAAAUGAUGAUCGACGCAAAGCUCGCGGACGCCGAUAGGCUGAAAAAGGAGGUGCGGUACCACCCCGAUUGUCCGAAGGAGAAGGAGGACCCCUACAGUCUGCAACACAUGCCACGUGUACCGACAGAUGUGGUUGUACCUAUCUAUGAAAAGGUCGAUGGCACACUGAAGGAAGUUGAAACCACGGUGCCAGUUUUAGACGUGCAUGAGCUUCUAGAUUACCUGCACAGCAACCUGGACCUGGUUUGCCCACCAGGCAAAGCCAAUGAAUAUUGGCAGCACAUGAAACAAUGUGGCAAUCCGCAUGCCCUGAAUUUCCCUGGUGGAGAUGACCACAUUCCUUUCAGUCUCUACGGAGAUGAAUGCAGUUUGGGCGAGCCGAAAGAUAAAGUGACUGGUAUAUAUGUAUCCCUGACACUAUUCAAACCAAAGAUGGCAAAGUACCGUGAAUUCCUUAUCUUUGCUAUGCAAGACGCAGUGAUGAUACAUGAUGGCUUAAGGACCCUGGUGCCUGUGCUACGCCAUAUCGUGUGGAGCUGCAACGUGGCCUUCCAGGGAAAGUACCCUUCGUGCAAUGCUGCUGGCGAGGAACUGCCACCAUCCAAGCAGAAGCUUGCAGGACAGAUCUUCGCAGGCGGCUGCAAGUACGCCUGUGCCGAACUCAAAGGCGAUUGGAAGUGGCAUGAACGUGUGCUAAGACUACAGCACACGCCUGUCAGCACAAAAUGUUGCUUUCUGUGCAAGGCAGAGGCGCAGGAUUCUUGUUCAUUUCAGUAUACAUGUUUUUUUAAAUUGUGGUAUCGUCUACAUUCAUAUCAUGGGCUUUGCCAGCCACUUAGGAUACCAACUUGCGGUAUUAUGAUACAAGCCGUGGGGCCCCGUGGAUCGCCUCUGAGUUUUCUACCCCUGGCUUCAUAG